AUGUCUUCUUCACAACCAAUUGAACCAGAAUUCCAACAAGCUUAUGAUGAAAUUGUUUCAUCUUUAACUGAUUCUACUCUGUUCGAAAAACAACCGAAGUACAAGAAAGUGUUACCUGUGGUCAGCGUCCCAGAGAGAGUUAUUCAAUUCAGAGUCACUUGGGAGAAUGAUAAAGGUGAACAAGAAGUCGCUCCGGGUUUCAGAGUGCAAUACAAUUCAGCUAAGGGGCCUUACAAAGGUGGUUUGCGUUUCCACCCUUCUGUCAACUUAUCUAUUUUGAAGUUUUUAGGUUUUGAACAGAUCUUCAAAAAUGCUUUAACAGGGUUAGAUAUGGGUGGUGCUAAAGGUGGUCUUGCCGUCGAUUUGAAGGGAAGAUCUGACAACGAAAUCAGAAGAAUCUGUAACUCUUUCAUGAGGGAAUUAUCGAGACAUAUCGGCCAAGACACAGAUGUUCCAGCAGGUGAUAUUGGUGUCGGUGGUCGUGAAAUCGGUUACUUAUUCGGCGCCUACAGAAGUUACAGAAACUCAUGGGAAGGUGUCUUAACCGGUAAAGGUUUGAACUGGGGUGGGUCUUUAAUCAGACCAGAAGCCACCGGUUACGGUCUAGUCUACUACACUCAAGCAAUGAUCGACUACGCCACAAAGGGUAAAGAAUCGUUUGCUGGUAAGCGUGUUGCCAUCUCUGGUAGUGGUAACGUUGCUCAAUAUGCUGCUUUGAAGGUCAUCGAAUUAGGCGGUAUUGUUGUAUCUUUAUCAGACUCUAAAGGUGCUAUCUUCUCUGAAACAGGUAUCACUGCGGAUCAGGUCACUGCAAUUGCUGAAGCCAAGAUUAACUUCAAGUCCUUACAACAAAUUGUUGCUGAAUAUUCUGUUUUCACCGAAGAUAAAAUUAAAUACAUCGAUGGCGCUCGUCCAUGGGUUCACGCUGGCAAGGUAGACAUCGCCUUACCUUGUGCUACCCAAAACGAAAUUUCUGGUGAUGAAGCUAAGGCUUUAGUUGCUGCUGGUGUAAAGUUUGUCGCUGAAGGUUCUAAUAUGGGUUCUACCCCAGAAGCUAUUAGAGUCUUCGAAACUGCUCGUUCCACUGCCUCUUCCGUCCCAUCUGCUGUUUGGUACGUUGGUGGUAAAGCUUCCAACUUAGGUGGUGUCUUAGUCUCUGGUUUAGAAAUGGCUCAAAACUCUCAAAGAGUAUCAUGGACUAGAGAAACCGUCGACAAAGAGUUAAAGAAGCGUAUGAUUAACUGUUUCAACGACUGUAUCGAAGCUGCUGAAACUUACAGCAAAGAGAGUAACACCUCCACAUUACCAUCUUUAGUCAAAGGUGCUAACUUGGCUUCUUUCAUUAAAGUUGCUGAUGCCAUGUUUGACCAAGGUGAUGUCUUUUAA